UAAGGGUUUGGAUGCUGGUAUUUUCCUCAAACUGGCUGGGGCGGCAUGUGCAUGUGAACAGAGCUGCAGGAGGGCAGGCAGAGCAGGUUUCACCUCUUCCCCAGUGGUGUGCAGAGCACUCUGCCUCCCUGGGAACAAUCUCACCCGCUUCUCUCCCUUGGCAGAGGGAGCCCCAAAAUGCCCAGCGUGUUCGCCUACCUCACCUCCGAAGUGGAUUGGUGCGAAGGGAACUUUGAGCACUCCGAGGUCAUCGCAGAAUACUACAACACGAUCAGCAACGUGAGUUUCUUCCUCCUUUUCCCCAUCUUACUGUACCUGAAUCACCAAUAUGUUCAGCAGCGCCCUCUGUCUGCAUACAGCCUCUCCAUCAUGGUCCUAGUCACAGGUAUUUUCUCUACGUACUAUCACGUGACCCUGAGCUACGUGGGACAGCUGCUGGACGAACUGUCCAUCCUCUGGACCCUCGCCUUGACGUACACCUUCUGGUUCCCAAAAUGUCACUUCCCGGGCUUCAUCAAGGACAGGACUCAGUUUGUCUGGCUGGUUGGCAUCGCCACUGUCGCUUGCACCCUGAUGUCAUUCAUCAAACCGGCCUUCAACGCUUAUCUCCUCAACAGCAUCUCCCUCCACCUCCUGUACUUAACCUGCCAGGAGCUGAAAAAGUGCAGUAACCCUCGUGCCCACCGCACAGCUGCGUUCAUGGUCAUGUGGUGGGUACUAGCCAUAAGCUGCUGGAUAAGCGACAAGUGGUUCUGCGGAUUUUGGCAGAGGCUUAACUUCUGUUACCUUCACAGCUUCUGGCAUGUACUGAUAUCCAUCGCUCUCCUCUACUGCUGCCCCUUGUUCAUCUACUUUGAUUCUCGCUACGAGAUACCUGCCUAUGAACCAGAGCUGGAGUACUGGCCCAGCGACUCCUGGCCAGUUGCACUGCCCUAUCUUGCUCUGCGGGACCCUUACAAGCAGUGCUAGGCUGAGGUACAGCGAUGCAUCCCUGGUGUGUACUGGGAGAGGGAGGAGGCCAGCACACAGCCAUUUUCUGCUAAACUACCAAGAUCUCUGUUGUACUGUUGCUUUGAAUGGCAGUUAGGAAGCCACCCGCAUGCCUGAGGUGCAGCGCCUGAUGCUGGAGGGCGACCCAGAAGUCUGCCUAGUAAGAAGCAGCCAACAUUUUCCUGAGUUCAUGCUUUGCACCGAUCCCAAUGAAAAGAGGCUGACCCCGGCUUGAGAAAUCACACUAAUGAAACAGAAGCCAAAGGCAACUGACUAGGGGGCUGCUAUGAUUAAGAUUAUUUACUGAUGUACUGGAAGAUUUACCCAGCAUUUUUCAGGUCCUUAACUCAAUUAAUUUUUGGGUUUUGGAAAAUAAAAUGCAAA